AAUCCCUAAACCCUAUGAGGAAAAAGUGCUUGCACCUUUAAGAAGAGGGUUAGAAAACGCAAAGCUUGAGGAGGAGAAGUUCGCGCUGAACCGGGCAAGUGGUACGACCUGCCCCUUCCGGUUACGUAACCUUCGCAAGAUGGCGGCGCCGUGGCGGUCCCUGCGCCUAGUGGCCCCCAUAGGGAAUAGAAGUACCAGGGGCAUCCAUCAGCUGGGUGGGGCAGUGGAUCCAGAGAGCAGUCAGAAGAAGAGAAGGACAAUGCUCCAGUACCUGUCCGACCAUUUCUACGAUGUGGAGUUUCUGAGGGGUUAUUUUCUCCAAAAUAAGAUGGACAAGGUGCAUCAGAAAAAUCGGUUUCGAGACAAGGAGUGGAUCAGGCCAGAUAAGUAUGGCCAUUUCUCUCAGGAAUUCUGGAAUUUCUCAGAGGUGCCUGUCGAAGCUGUGGAUGCCAGUGACUGUGCCAUCAACUAUGAGGGCCUGGAAAACCUCCACCUCCUGAAGGAGCUCCAGUCCUUGUCGCUGCAGCGCUGCCCCCACAUGGACGACUGGUGUCUCAGCCGCCUCUACCCACUGGCCGACUCGUUGCAGGAGCUCUCGCUGGCCGGUUGCCCCCGCAUCUCCGAACGGGGCCUCGCCUGCCUCCACCACCUCCAGAACCUCCGCAGGCUGGACAUCUCCAACCUCCCUUCCGUGUCCAACCCAGGCCUCACUCAGAUCUUGGUGGAGGAGAUGCUGCCCAACUGCAAGGUUGUGGGGGUCAACUUGGCCGAGGGCCUGAAGUUGGGGCCAGAGGAGCAGCCUCAGGACACAGACAGGCCCAUCCCUGCCUAGCCUUCAGCCCUGUCCCCAUUCAAGUGGCUUUUCAGCGGACUGCGUGGAAUGUCUGGUAGCUCACCACACUUCUGGCUUCUCUUUGUCUUCACUCAACAUGGGGGUUGGGGAGUGGCGCUGGCCAAUCACAGGGAGACAGAGUGUGAGGUGACAGUAUUUAUUCCUGGCUGCCCUUGGCUGACAGUCAUAGCUCCUGUGCUCCUGUCACCCUGUCAGGCAGUCCUUUCCAUGCCCCUCUUCUUCCCCUGCCUCUUAAGGCCUGGGGACAUCAAGGCUCAGGUUGUUGGCAGCUGCAGUGAGCCGCGUUCACCUUGUCAGGAGACUCUUGUCAAAUUGUCCUCAUGUGAGUGCGCUGCCAUUUCUUCCAGGGACCCUGACUGAUUCAGGGGCUGCUGCUAACACUUCACAGGGAUGGUUCUCCCUGGUCAGGGGGAAGGGGGGGCUCUGCUCACAGCAGGACGUGCAGCAUCCUUGGUCCCACUCACUAAAGACCAGCACAGCCCAGGCCCCAUGGUAUUGCUGGUUGUGGAUUUACUGACCUUCAGUUCCACAUUCAGCUUUUUUGGUCCGCUGUUUUUUGAAAGGGGAUCUGGGCCUUUGCAGGAUUUUCCCUUUGCCAGUGGCAUAAGCUUUGUCAGUAGAGGGUGCCUAACAGGCAUUACAGGAGGAAAGGCGCUUCCUUCCUGGUUCCUCCUGCCUCUGGGUUCCGCAGUGCAUGGCUUCCCCAGCACCCAGCUCCUGAGGUGUCAGGCGGUCAGCAGCUGCCCCCAGCACCCUCCAUCUCCCAGUAGUUGCGUAGGAGACACAGUGCCUCCACUGAGGCCCCACUCUGGGAAUAACUUUCCCCAGCACCCCAGAUGGAUUUCCAGUCAAUUCAGAAGCAGUUUACUAGUGAAGCCCUCAUUAUUCCAGUUCACUGUUAAAGCCAGUAACUCUCUAUAUUAAACGGUCCCUGUUUGAGUUACUGUGUGGUUUUUCUCUCCUGAGUGCAUCCAGAUGGAUAGAGAGUUGAUACCUGGAGUGUCCCAGGAGACAGACUUUUUUUUUAAUUGCAUUUAGGUUUUGGGGUACAUGUGAAGAACAUGUAAGAUUGUUGCAUAGGUACACGCAUGGCAGUGGGGUUUGCUGCCUUCCUCCCCAUCACCUAUAUCUGGCAUUUCUCCCUGUUAUCCCUCCUCAACUCCCCACCCCCCACUGUCCCUCCUCCCCCUCAAAGACCCCAGUGUGUGAUGCUCCCCUCCCUGUGUCCUUAUUAACACCCACCUAUGAGUGCGAACAUGCAGUGUUUGAUUUUCUGUUGUGUCAGUUUGCUGAGAAUGAUGGUUUCCAGGUUCAUCUGUGUCCCUACAGAGGACAUGAAUUCAUUAUUUUUUACAGCUGCAUAGUAUUCCAUGGUAUAUAUGUGCCACAUUUUCCCUGUCCCAUCUAUCAUUGAUGGGCAUUUGGGUUGGUUCCAAGUCUUUGCUAUUGUAAACAGUGCUGCAAUGAA